GUGGUGGUUAAGAAGGUAGAGUUGUGGAACAGACAGUAGACUUUAAUUUUUAAACCAUGAUGGGUUGAUCUGCACAGAAAAUACAUCAGAGGAACAGGAUAACAAUGGACAGAAAAGAGGUGCAUCAUUUUGUGCCAUUCGAGCUGCAAGAUGGUGAAACCGAGGACGGCAGAGAAGAGAAAGACAGCAAACGAGACACGCUGACAAACCCAACAGACAACAGUCACUAUGAGAUGCCCAUUCAGCCCACCAUCUCAGACACAGAUGCCUCGGGACUUGGCCUCCUAAAUACAUCAAGAAGAUAUGUUAAGCUGAUGAAUUUCCAAGAGGAGGUGCGAGCUCAUCGGGAUCUGGGUGGCUUCUUGGCCCAGGCCAGCAUCCUGAUGGAUGAGAAGGCGGCCUCCCUACAUGAAGUGUUGCGCAGAAUGCUGGACCAUGUGGCCAUGGACGGGCAGGGCAGCUACAAUGCGGAGGAGGUCAUGAGCACUCUGUUUACAGAUGCUGGAGGACAGGAUGCAAAUGUUCACUUGCUGACUGAGACCAUUCAAGGUGUGACAGCGACAGCCACGGGAGUGCGUUACCAGCAAUCCUGGCUCUGUGUGCUCUGUAAUGUGAAGAGCCUUCAGCGACGUUGUGUUUGUAUUGCGCGUCUGGAGAGGCCACAGAACUGGGGUGUUAACUGCUGUGAAGUCCGCUAUGUUAUCCUAAUCCUGGCCCCACCGCGAACAAAAAGUACAAAGACUGCCAUAGAGCUCGGCCGCACGUUUGCCACUUUGUUCUCAGAUAUCUCGUUUCGACAGAAACUCCUGGAAACUAAGACCCAGGAGGAUUUUAAACAAGAGCUGGUGAUUCAAAGGCAGCGGCUCUCCACCACCAUCCAGAAGCCCACAGUGGAGGAAGAGACUUCUGGGACUGACCCACACAGUAACAAUCCACUCAAGGUGAAAGAUUUCCUCAGAGUUGGCCGUGGCAUUUAUGAAGACCUGUGCCGGAGGCUUCCAUUGUACCUGUCCGACUUCACAGAUGGCAUUCUGGGGACUAACAGAUCUUUAUUGAAGUAUACAACUACAGCCAUCUUCCUCUACAUCGCUAUCCUGCUGCCAGCUAUUGCGUUUGGCUCUCUGAAUGAUGAGAGCACACGAGGAGAGAUAGAUGUACAGAAGACCAUCAUUGGUCAGAGCAUUGGAGGAGUCAUCUACUCUUUGUUUGCUGGGUCUCCUCUGGUUAUUCCUCUCACCACCGCACCUCUUGCCAUAUUUAUUAGUGUGAUCAGAGGUAUCUGUGAUGACUAUGACCUUGAUUUUCCUGCAUUUUAUGCCUGCAUUGGCCUCUGGAACAGCUUGUUCCUCAUACUGGGGGGAAUCUUCAACGUCAGCCUGUUUAUGAAGCUCUUUAAACGCUCCACAGAAGAAGUGAUCGCUUUGUUCAUCUCCAUCGCCUUUGUGGGUGAUGCAGUGAAAGGCACCAUAAACAUAUUUCAUAAGCAUUAUCAUGGCCUUAUACUAGUCAAUGGAAGCACAGAGGAACUGCAUCAUCUGGGCAUAAUACUUCAGACAGUAAACAGAACAGAGAACGCAGGAAUGCCACUGCCUGCAACAAUCAUUCUGUGCACCAGGGAGCGACCUAUACUCUGCCUACUGCUAAUGCUGGGGACAGUAUGGCUGGGAUAUGGCCUCUUCCUCAUCAAGAGAAGCCCAUUCCUGCAUGCUAAAGUCAGGGAAGUGGUGUCAGACUGUGCAUUGCCAAGCUCAGUGGUCAUCUUCUCGUUUGUGGGCUCCUAUCUUUUUAUUGACAUUCAGCUUCCAGUAUUCAACUACCAGAAUGGAACUGUACUCAUUGUGGCACCAUUUAACCAGCUCACAGGGAUGAACAUAAUAAGUGCAUGUGGUCUUGGCUUUCUCCUCGCCUUGCUCAUUUUCAUUGACCAGAACAUUGUGGUAUCCCUCACCAAUGCCCCAGAGAACAGACUACAGAAGGGAACAGCGUACCACUGGGACCUGAUGCUCUCUGGAUUCAUCAACAUCCUUAUGUCAGUGCUGGGGUUACCAUGGAUGCACGCCGCUUUCCCACACUCCACAUUACAUGUGCAUCAGCUGGCGCAAGUGGAACAGCGAGUGGAGAGUGGCCACCUCUAUGAAACGAUAGUUAGUGUGAAGGAGACACGACUCACAUCGCUGGCUGCGAACAUCCUGAUUGGCUUGUCAGUCUUCUUGCUGCCAGUGCCUUUGCAGUGGAUACCAAAACCUGUACUCUAUGGCCUCUUCCUGUACAUUGCUCUUACAUCUAUCGAUGGAAACCAGAUGUGUGACCGAAUGGCCCUUCUACUUAAAGAACAAACAUCAUAUCCACCCACCCACUACAUCCGCAGAGUGCCGCAGAGGAAGGUGCACUACUUCACAGGCCUGCAGAUUGUUCAGUUGAUCAUUCUCUGUACAUUUGGAAUGUACCCUCUGCCAUACAUGAAGAUGAUCUUCCCUUUACUCAUGAUCAUGCUCAUUCCAAUAAGGAACUACUUGCUGCCGAAAAUCAUUGAAGCAAAGUACUUGGACAUAAUUGAUUCUCAACACAUGUAAACAUUCUAUUUAAAAAAUCACUAUUUAAAGUAACACAAGUAACCUGCUUCUAAAAUGUGCAUUUCUUUAUAGUAUCUUUGUUCGACACUAUAGUUCAUUAAGCAAAGCUUUGAGAGUUAAGUUUAUCCAGGAGAGACUGUUUGGCACUGUAAAAUUUGUAACAUGCACACUGGAGCCGACAAGAACUGACGAUUGCAUAACGAGGCUAAAAUCUGUGUUAAAGGGAUAGUUCACCCAAAGAUUAUAAUAAUUAUGUCAUCAUUUACUCACCCUCAUGUUAUUUUAAACUUGUAUGACUUUUGUUCUGACUUUUGUUCGGCCUCAGUCACCAUUUACUUGGAUUGUAUGGAAAAGUAUGCGAUGUUAGUGAAUGGUGAAUGAGACUGACAUCCUGCCAUGUUAUGUUAACAUCUCCUUUUAUGUUCCAUUCCUGGAAGAAAGAGAAUCAAGUUUUGAACAACAUGAGAAUAAGUAAAUGAUGACAGAUUUUCAUUUUUGAAAACUUUAAAGAUGCAAAUGACUUUGACAAUUUCUAGCUUUGAUAUUUACUUUCAAUAUCUGCUAUGAAUAAA